AUGACUCAAGCUGUUGUUUUUCUUUGCUUUUUUCUUUCUUUCUUUUUCCUUUGCUCCCUCUCCUCCUCGUACUCUCUUCCCCCUCCCCCCCCUCUCUGUAUUUUUGUCUUUGUUCAACUGAGACCACUGUCAAGGGAAAUAUUGUCGGCGAUUUCAUCAUACUUCUCCUCGACUCCCGUACGGCGGCUAGAAUUCCAGUCCCGAGCCUUAAUCCAACAUUGUCACAAAGAACUUAUCAUUCCUUACUACAGCCCUUAA